AGGUAAUCACCCACACAUUAUUAGCGUUACAAAAGAGACCAGUAAGGCGAAGAUGGCGGUGAGCCUGCUGAGAGGGGCCAAUUACAGUGCAGCCAUGGCAACUAGCUUUUGCCCUUCACUCCCUCAACACUACUUCAAACCAAUCCCCAUUUUCAAGUUCUCCCAGUCCUCUUUUUCUAUUAAAGUUUUUUCUUCUCAAUCUUCCUCGGAUGAAAUUUCGACCCGAGUGGGAUUUCUUGGUCUUGGAAUUAUGGGUUCCCCAAUGGCUCAAAAUUUGUUAAAAGCUGGAUGUGAUGUGACUGUCUGGAAUAGGACUAAGAGCAAAUGUGAUCCACUUAUUGAUCUUGGCGCAAAAUAUAAGCCAUCUCCUGGGGAAGUAGCAGCAUCCUGUGAUGUCACAUUUGCUAUGCUUGCUGAUCCUGAAAGUGCAUUGGCUGUUGCUUGUGGAGAAGACGGGGCAGCUAGUGGAAUGAGUCCAGGAAAAGGAUAUGUCGAUGUUUCAACCGUUGAUGGACCCACAUCCAAGUUGAUAAAUGCGCAAAUAAAGGAAACCGGAGCACUUUUUUUGGAGGCUCCAGUUUCAGGGUCUAAAAAGCCUGCAGAAGAUGGACAACUAAUAUUCCUCACUGCAGGCGAUAAACCCUUAUAUGACAAAGUUGCUUCGUACUUGGACAUCAUGGGAAAGUCAAGAUUUUAUCUAGGAGAUGUUGGAAAUGGAGCCGCAAUGAAACUUGUUGUAAACAUGAUCAUGGGAAGUAUGAUGACUUCUUUUGCCGAAGGAUUGCUUCUUAGUGAGAAAGUCGGGCUUGAUCCAGGUGUGGUUGUGGAGGUGAUCUCACAAGGUGCAAUUAGUGCACCAAUGUUCUCAAUGAAAGGCCCAUCGAUGGUGCAAUCCAAAUACCCUACUGCUUUUCCCUUGAAGCACCAACAAAAGGAUAUGAGGCUUGCUUUGGGUUUAGCAGAAUCUGUUUCCCAAUCGACACCAAUUGCAGCAGCUGCAAACGAGCUUUACAAGGUGGCCAAGUCGCAUGGCUUAAGUGACCACGACUUUUCAGCAGUAAUUGAAGCACUUAAAGUCAAACUAAAAGAUUAGAAUUGGCAACAAAAUUUGCUCCCUUUUUGGCUUCCUUUAAGUGAUCACUCUCCGGCUCUCAGGUUUAGGGUGCCAAAUUCCUCGUGUAUAAUUUUUGUAUUGAUAUGAUAUGAUCUAAUGACGGCUGCAUAUGAACUCUAAUGUUCAUACUUUUGUGAUAUUUUAUGAUAAUUGUUAGGGGACAAUUUCAACUCUUUUUUUCCAUGACCAUGCUUUGGUUAUAUCGUACUCGUUUAUAAGAUCGGAUGUAGUUGAGUUUGGUUAA